ACGGGUGCUUAAAUCUUAGAACAGAGAAAUUCACCACCAACACCUACGAGGAUUGAUCUCAAGCGGUAUUCUACCCUCACCUCACAGCUCACCGUUAAGGGGCUUUCUUGUGGAUUCCGGUGAAGGUGGUCCAUCUCUUCUGUUUGUGCUUCCCCGUACUCACCAUGUCCAGGGAUAUUCCCGUGCCCAUCCGAACUUGUUCGCCAGAGGAUGAUCAUUUGGAAUUAAGUCUUCGAGAGAAUUAUGCUCAAGACCUGUUGGGUUCACUCAGAGCCAAAGAAGCCUCUCAGGUUCAUCCUACCAAGGGCAGCCCGCAAAUGACAAGCCGUCGCCGCUUGGUCGACCGGAUUGGGGUGUGCGUGGAACAUUUUCAACUAACUCGAGAUACCAACCAUUUAGCGGUCAGGAUUUUGGAUUGUUUUAUGAGUGGGCAUAACAUCCCGGAUAACUUGUGCGGUGAUGUGGCCAUGGCGGCCUUGUCUUUGGCCUCGAAAAUGGAAGAACGGGAAGGAAUGAUUCCCAAAAUCCGGGUGCUUAAGAAGCACAUGUGUGAUGAAGGUGAAUGUCAUGUCACUUUCUUAUACUUGGAGGUGAAAAUCUUAGCAUACUUUGAUUGGCGCAUGUCCAUGGUCACAUGCGCUCAUUUUAUCAACCUUUUGGCUCCUCUGACCACUGAUGAAUACGUUUGGAACGAGCAUUCCAAUGUCAAUCUGCCUUCUGGAGCGUUUGAAGAGAACUUUUGGGAGUUCAUUCACUACUUCAUGGACAUUUCUGUGCAGGAUCAACAUCUAAUCCGUGUUAGGCCGUCAUUAAUGGCCUCGAGUAUCCUCUAUUGCGCCAGAGUUACCUACGAACUUCACCCGCUGUGGCCCACUGUAUUGAUAGUGGCGACCCAACAUUCUGAGGGGGAUUUUCAGCAUGUCGUGCGAAGACUACUCCAAACGUUCAAUGCAUCCCGACAGAUUGAAGAAAACUCUGCGGUAAAUCUUCAAGAGACUCUUCCAGAGAUUCACCCAGAGACUCACCCAAAGACUCACCCAGAGACUCACCCAGAGACUCAUCCAAAGACUGAACCCGGAAAGAAACGACGAAAACUUGAUCCUGCACCCUCAUCCGAUGUAGAUGACAACGAAACUCUCAAUUAUCUUGGAAAUGACUACUAAAAGGUGAGCUGCUCACUUAUUUUCGCGUCGACCAUGUACCACGGACGUGAAAUUUGAAUUUGGUUUGUGUUUAUUUAAUUAAAAGAAAACGUUGUUACCCUU